CAGGCGUUACCCUUGAAUGGCUCAACCAGUCACAUGGCAGGAAGGGUACCUGCUACCCUCAGAAACGGGACCUUCCAACCAUCUCAUGUAAAGAACCCUUUUUACCCGCUGACUCAGGAGUCCUAUGGUGCCUACGCAGUCAUGUGUUUGUCAGUAAUAAUCUUUGGCAUUGGGAUAAUGGGGAACAUGGCAGUGAUGUGCAUUGUCUGCCAUAACUACUAUAUGAGGAGCAUCUCCAACUCUUUGCUAGCCAACUUAGCCUUUUGGGAUUUCCUUAUCAUUUUUUUCUGCCUGCCUCUGGUGAUCUUCCAAGAACUCACCAAAAAGUGGCUGUUGGAUGAUUUCUCCUGCAAAAUUGUACCUUACAUUGAGGUAGCGUCUCUUGGAGUAACAACCUUCACAUUAUGUGCCCUCUGCAUAGACCGAUUUCGGGCUGCCACCAACGUGCAAAUGUAUUAUGAAAUGAUUGAAAACUGCACAUCCACAACAGCCAAACUGGCUGUGAUAUGGAUUGGAGCUUUACUGCUGGCUCUUCCUGAAGUGGUUCUGCGCCAAUUGACUAAAGAAAACUCUGAAAUUAGUGGGAAUCCACCUGUGGAACGAUGUGUGGUCAAGGUCUCUCCCCACUUACCUGACACAAUAUAUGUGUUAGCACUUACAUAUGAUAGUGCAAGGCUCUGGUGGUACUUUGGAUGUUACUUUUGCUUACCGACACUUUUUACCAUCACUUGCUCAUUGGUGACUGCCAGGAAAAUCCGAAAGGUGGAAAAAGCUUGCACCCGUGGAAACAAGCGGCAGAUUCAGCUGGAAAGCCAAAUGAAUUGUACAGUUGUGGCGCUGACCAUUUUGUAUGGUAUUUGCACCAUUCCAGAAAACAUUUGCAAUAUUGUCACUGCCUACAUGUCCACGGGGGUAUCUCAGCAGACUAUGGACCUUCUCCAUCUGAUUAGUCAGUUUCUCUUGUUCUUUAAAUCUUGUGUGACUCCAGUUCUCCUCUUCUGUCUUUGUAAACCAUUCAGCCGAGCUGUCUUGGAGUGCUGCUGUUGCUGUUGUGAUGAGUGCAUUCAGAAGUCUUCUACAGUAACAAGUGAUGAUAAUGACAAUGAAUACACCACAGAGCUUGAACUGUCCCCUUUUAGUACAAUACGUCGUGAAAUGUCCACAUUUGCCUCUGUGGGAACUCACUGUUGA